AUGCAUUUUAGAUAUCACCACAUUUUUUCAACCGUUUUAAUUUUACUUGUUUGGGUCGCCAUACCCUCCACCUUUUCAUACAAGAUCUCAUCACAACAAUGUUCAUUGUGUAUCAAUGUUGUUGAUCAUUUUGACUCUUCUAUCAAAGAUGAAUCUUUAUUGAUAGAUUCAUGUUCCAUACAUUAUGAUAGAGAAUUGUGUCAAUAUUUUGUUCAAACAUAUCACAACCAGUUCAGCAGCAACUCUAAUAAUUUCUGUUUAUCGAUUGGAAUUUGUCAACAAGACCAUUUAAAUAACAACAACAACAAUAAGAAUCACAAUAAUGACAAUAUAAAUAAUAAUGAAAACAUUGACAAAAACGACAACUUUGAUUGCUCGAUUUGUAAAUAUAUAGUAUCAGGAAUAUCUGGUAUGGUAGCAAGUAAUCAAUCCAUCCCAGUCAUUUUAGAGGUUGCCACACAAUCUUGCCACCGUCUAAGUGACAAGUCAUGGGAACAAACAUGCGAGAAUAUUGUAGAUGAGAAUGGUCCUCAAUUGAUUGGUUAUCUUCGAGACAAACUAAAUCCAGAACAAGCUUGCUACAAAAUUCACAAAUGUUACUCAUCUUCUGGAUCUGGUUCAGCUUCUUCUGGAUCUGGUUCAAGUGGCGCUUCAAACUCACAAGCAUCUGGAGGAUCCGGCUCGAGUGGAACUUCGUCAUCAUCAUCUUCUGCAUCGUCUGCAUCAUCUGGUUCUUGGACAGGAUCAAUAAGUGGCAGUAGUAGUAGUAGCAGUGGUGCCUACAUUUCAAUUAAACAUCACAACUAA